CGUCAAAGACCGGAAUCACGUGAUAACGACAAACGCUCAGCCUCAUUUUUUGUCAUGGAAACUGGAGAUCACCUGUAAGAAGGAGAAGUAUGGGUCGGCGUAAACAUCCCGAGUUGUACCGGGCACAGUUUCCUCUGUAUACAAUUAAGAUAAGUCCAGAAAGUGGUUUAGUCAUCACUGCAGGAGGUGGUGGGGCAGCAAAGACCGGCAUAAAAAAUGGAAUGCACUUUCUACGCUUGGAACAGAUUGGAGGUCAGCUGUCUGCUUCUCAGAUCCAUUACCAUGAUACCGAAACGCGAGCUACUAUGACAAUGGCCCUAGCAGAUAACUUCAUUGCAGCAGGGCAGGAUGCCAGUUGCCAUAUUUUGCGUUACAGUGAAGCAGUCCGUAAAGAAGAGAAACGGGCUGGCAAAAAGGAGAAGGAAGGCAAUUCAGUAAAUAGUAAAGCUCCUCGAAAAAGAAAGCCAGGUGUUAAUGUUCCAGAGUCUGGAGGAGGGAAUGUACGAAAUGAAAGUCAAGAGAUUGUUGUUGAGAACUUAAAAGUGGUGCAGUCAGAUUUCAGUAGUGAUGAGUUACAGAAAUGCGUCCGCUUUAACCAGGACAGAUCUCUUCUUGUUACAGGUGGUGCAGAUGGAUUCAUCAAAGUUUGGGAGUUUCCUGGGAUGAAGAAGACGUUAGACUUCAAAGCACAUGAUUUGGAAAUUGAAGAUUUAGACAUCAGCCCUGAUAACAAGAUUAUAACAGUGGGUCGUGAUUUUAAGUGCUGUGUUUGGAAGAAAGAUCAGCUAGUGACAGGACUGAGGUGGAAUGAGAACAUGGAUUACAUCCCUGAUAAGAUGUACCGUUACCAGUCCUGCAGGUUUGGCAAGGUAGAAGAUAACAAGGAGACAUUGCGUCUCUAUACUGUUCAAAUCCCAUACAAACGGGAACGCAAACCACUUCCCUGCUAUAUCAGCAAGUGGGAUGGAAAGAACUUCCUGCCACUUCUCACACAGCAAUGUGGCAAAGAGGUCAUUUCAUGUCUUGCAGUGAGUGAUUCUGGAACAUUUCUUGGCUUGGGAACGGUGACGGGAUCUGUGGCCAUUUACAUCUCCUUCUCACUGCAGAGACUAUAUUACGUGAAAGAAGCACAUGGCAUUGUAAUAACAGAUCUGGCAUUCCUUCCAGAGACUCCACGAGGGAAACAGCUGAUGGGUAAUAAUGAAGCAGCAUUAAUUAGUGUUGCUGUGGACAGUUGCUGUAAACUUCACCUCAUUCCCAUUCGGAGCUCUUUUCCAGUCUGGCUGGUGUUGUUGCUCUGUGCCCUAAUGAUUAUCGUUGUAAUCAUCCUCUUGCAACAUGCCUUCCCAGAGUUCUUGUAAACUGGAGCAUUCAGGUGUGCACCUAUGCACUUUCACGUACUCCCCUGUAUCCUUCAGUUCUGGAUACAGAUGAAAAACACAGGUGUGCAGUACAGUGGAGUUUGAAGAAUCUGGAAUGUUCAUGUAACUGAUCUUACAAGGACUGCAGCAUUCAUACCCAUAAAUAAGCUCGUGUGGGAGGUGGGGUGCAGAAAUUAAGUGUUCCUUUGUUUUGAAGUCACUUUUAAAGUUGUAAUAUUUUAAUUGGCAAAUUGCUUCCAGAACUCUUUAAGAUUGCAGAGUUGUUUGAACCAAUAUUGAUACAGCAUCUGCAACACUAAACAUUGUUUUUUAUUAUUUUUAAUCUUAUAACAAGUUGUUUAUAUAAUUUUAGUGAAGAAAUCAUGUUUUUUAGGUUAUUUUUGCCUCCAUGCCUGCUGACCAUCUAGGCUCCCCCUACUGGACUUGGCUAAUUCAUUACUUUGUUUUGGGGAUUCAUCUAGUAAGAGACAUCCAAAGGGGCUAACAUUCACCUGUGCCUCACCAGCAUAUAAAGGCACUUCUGAUGACCCUAACACCAACCUCUGUAGGGGAACAUGCAGUCUGUACCCACAUGGAGGCAUACAACCGUGCAAGUGUACACUUUUGCAGACCCACUAGGAAGGCUACCACCAUGCGAAUUCCCACUGCUAGAUUAGAAUUUUUAUCACUGUCCUUCAAGUGAUUAUGGCAUUCAUGGGCUCUUCCACCCACCUCAUCCUCUUCCAAGAUAUGAAUGCUAAUCCUCCCCUGCCAGCUCUGCCAGCCACAUGAGUCACUCUUAUGGUAUGCACUGUAGUCAAGGUUUUAUUCUUCUGUAUCACUGGAGUUAGCCAGCAAAGGAAUCAUGUACUGAAAUAAAUCUGCAUCCCAGACAGUGUCCAUCAAAAAAGGCGUACUAAGUCAGAGGUGAAAUGUGGAAUAUGUAGUGUAAAUUGUCCAGAUGGAAUGGUUAUAAUUACAUUUCUUUAACGGGCAUAUUGUAAGAUCUUAUAACAAAAGUUUGAGAGUUGUUGUCCAGGGCUGUGUUUAGUACUUACUGCUGAAAGUCCACAUUUAAUCAAUGCAUUCUGGAGCUGUACCAUUCGUAUUCCACAGUUAAAUUUGUGAAUGUCUGCAUACAAAAGGAGUUGCAUCCUAAAUGAAAAGCAAAGAAGAGGGGAGGGGCCUGUAGAGAGUAUUGCAAGAUACGUGACAAUUUUAAAAAUGGUGAGUUUAUCUUUUGUCUCUAACUGUAAGGUAGGCAUAUACAUGUUUUAUUUGUGAUGAAUAUCACCUUGAGUCUUCCCAGAAAAGAGGCCACUGACCUAGUGGGACUGACCUGGUCAACAAAGGGUAGGUAAACAAAAUAAAUAAAUAUUGUUACUGGCCAGUCCAUAUCCAUUGAAAGAGACGCUUAUUUUUUCAGAACAGAAAAGGCACCAUUGUCAGGGCAAAUUCUAAAACUGAUUUUACAUUUUUUGUUUAGGGUUGAUUACAUUGAUGUAUAUGUACUGUCCAUAACUGGAAAUAAAUUGUUAGAAAAAG